AUGUCUGCCAGUUUCGAGAACUCAGCUAUGAAGAGUAGCUUCUCCCUGUCUUCGCUGAAGAGUGCCGCCUACCAGAACGGACUCUGCGAGCAGCUCGAGAGGCCAUACCAUAGUCUCACAAAAAAGAGGAAAGAGCCAUGUCGGGAGGCGUGGCGCCGAAGUUGGGGCUCGGCAGCUAGCGGGGGCAGCGUUGGCGACGACCUCUGGCCUCUGCUGCAGCACCACUACGAGUACAUCAUGGACAACCAGAUCAUAGACAGUUGCAAGGAAGCAAAUGGCGAGUUGCUAUUGAACAACCCGUCCAUACUGCAUAACGGGCCUCGUCUCCUUAACCCAACAUCCAGCUACAACCGCCAGUGGUCCCUGAGUCAACUGAUAGCCGAGUUUACAGAACUCUGUCAAUGGCUCACGCACGUCCAGGAGGAGAUAUAUUCUAGUCCAGAGAACCUUUCUAGUAGGAAACUGAGAAUGAACCGCAUGUCAGAACUGGUGUCAGCUGAGUCGCGUCGUGUAAAGUUCAUAGAGCAAGCCUCCGCCAUCCUCGACAGAAUACCCGAGGCCGGUGCUGAGGUAACUUGGCGCGUGGAACAUCUUAAUGUGAAGUGGGAGAGUCUCCGCUUGCUACUGAGUCCUGAACAGCAGCAACGUGACGGAGACAACUCUGACACUGUUGACACGGCGCAUGAACUUCGCUGUCUUCGUCGUUGGCUUCACGGCAUGGAAGGUCGUUUGCCUCCACCAUCAUUGACCGCCGCUCGCGCUGCACCAUAUCCAGAACUACUGCGAAAACUCCGUGAACACCAGGUGAGAGGUCGCUACGAGCCACCCGCCACGCGCUCUGCCCUCUGCACCCUGAAACGUUCGGAAAUUCUGCCGCCAAUUUUAACUUUCACUUUUCGCCUGGAAGCCCGCCCGCUUUCCUCUUUUGACGCUAUUCAAUCUGAUAAUUACGCCCGUGGCUAA